AUGGAGCUCUACAUCCCUCCCCCAACGCACUACCUUCCGCGGAUGGUUGUGCCGCCGCGCCCCGUCGUGCCUACUGUUCCCGUUGUGCCGUGCCCGCCGCUGCCGGAGGAACUCAUCGCACCGGAGGGCACGUACCACCUCGCGAAGGGAUGGUUCCCGGACGUUGAGGUUCCGGGACCGCUCCCGACGGAACAGCGGCCUCAGCAGAUGCCUCUCGCGAGCGCGGCGCUGAUCGGCGCCGGUGGCUUCUCGAUGGGUACCCCGGCGUACAUGCCUCUCCCGCCUCUCGCCUCUCCGAACAUCUUCGCAGUCUCUUCCGGCUCGACGCUCGUCAACGGGCAAUGGCAGCCGGGUCACCCGACGAAGAUGUCGUUCGCGGAUGUGUGGUUCCCCUCGCGCGAGACGGGCAAGGAGUCGUCGUUCGGCGCGCUCGUCCGCCGCGGCCUUGGCAAGCGCACCGAGUCCACCCCCGCGCCGCCCAAGGACGAAGGUCCCCCGCCGGACGAGUACGAGUUCAGCGACACCGAGUCCGAGUCGUCUUUCCAGUCUCCCGCCCCCGUGGCUCAGCACCAGGCGCUGACUCCCGAAGUGUCCGCCCCGGCCGCCAAGGGCAAGUUUGGCAGCAAGGCGCCAAAGACGCGCAAGGAGGAGAAGCGGCUGAGCGCCAACCGUGGCGGGUUCAUCACGCGCGUGUCGCCGAACCUGAACCUAGGCUCGAUCAUGGAUGACAAGGGGAAGAACGGUGGUGAGCGCGUGCGCUGGGCGUUCUGGAACAUGGGCCGCCUCUUCUGCUGGGCAGAGGAGGGCGGCGCGGUGCUGGAGAAUCUGGCGACGGUGGUGUUCCAGAACGCGCCGACGACGCACGCGCUGAGCACGCUCACAACGACGCCGGGGCGGCAGGACAUUGUGGUCGGGUUCGAGACGGGCGACCUCGUCUACCUCGACUUCAUCAACGACCGGACCGAGCGCUUCAACGUGGGCGGCAAGCUGAUCAAGUCGGCCGUGACGGCGAUCCACUUCGACCCGCGGGGCGGGGACCGGUUCCUGGCCUCGUUUGCGGACAACACGGUCGCCGUCUUUCACCUCUUCGCCGAGGACCCGAGCGAGGCGGGCAUGGCCGUCAUCAACUCGGUCCCCCGGCCGUGGGACAGUGUGUUCGAGGAGGCCGAGCUGCUCGCGGCCGCCAAGGCGAGCGCGAAUCCCGCGGCGGCGGGCGAGCGCUCCGCGUUCCAGGACCGCGUCAUCGAGUGGAAGAACACGGAGUGGGCCGUGCCCGCCGACCAGCGCGACAAGCGCGGCGAAAAGUACCCCUGGGCGGGCAAGAACCCGCUCAGCGUCGCCCGGCUCGGAACAGACUCAACGUUGACCGGCAUGGCCUAUUCCCCCGAUGGACGCUAUCUCGCGCUCAUUACGCGCGACGGCCUGCUGCGCCUCCUCGACACAGAGGAGACGCGGGUCACGGACGUCUUCCAGUCCUACUUUGGAGGACUGCGGUGUGUCGCGUGGUCGCCUGACAGCCGUUUCGUCGCCGUCGGCGGGCAAGACGACCUGAUUACGAUCUACUCGCCGCGCGAGUCGCGCGUCGUCGCCAGGUGUCAGGGCCACACCGCCAAUGUAACGGGCAUCGCGUUCGACCCCACCAUGCGCUCCGCAGGACGCGGGUACCGCUUCGGCAGUGUUGGCGAGGACGGCAAGCUCCUCCUGUGGGACUUUUCGGCCGCUGCGCUCCGCAAGCCGAGACACCACCACCAUCCUGGCGGACAUGGGGGACACCACCGCCACGGCUCCAUCGGGAUCGGCAGCAGCGUCAGCCUCGAAAAGACGGCGGAGGACGAUGGAAGACCCAAUUUCCACCCGCCUCCUAGUAAGGCGGACGUCGCCAUGCUCCAGCCCGUGCUGGCCCGCCAGGUCGAGGGGAACCUCAUGAGCUCACUCUACAUGGGCCCGAAGACUAUCUGUACAGUCAGUCGCGCGGGUAGCAUGAAGUUCUGGAUCAGGCCGCCGAGGCAGCCGCGCAAGAAGUCGACCAAGAAGCAGCAGGCGUAG